AUGCCGCGCCUACGCUCCCGUGCAGCUCCCGCCUCUCUAACGCCUCACAGUGCCACCCCCACGGCCUCGUCGACCCGCCCGCGACGCAGCACUGCAAACCAGUCGCCCGCUGCCGCCACCAUCCAGCGCUCCUCGCCCGAGGAGACGCGCCAGUCGAUCCACCUGACGGUGAAGUCGUCGCCCAACAAGCUCCGCCAGGCCAUUGGCGGCUCCCUGUCCAAGGCGGGCGUCAGCCGCCAGAACAUUGUCGCCGGCAAGCGCGCCUCCCGGAACAGUCGCGUGGUCCAGGAGGUCGACAGCGACGAGGACGACGAGGACGAGGAUGAGGACGAGGACGAGGAUGACGUGGACGAGGCGGAUGCCAUGGACGUCGACGACGACUCGGACGACAACGAAGAUGCCCAGGGCGACGACGACGACGAAGACAUGGAUGCCGAGGGCGAUGAAGACGACGAAAUGGAGGACACACCGGCCCCGCGCAUCACCGUCAGCUCGCACCGCAGUAUUCCCGUCAAGUCAGCCCCGGCCGGGAGUCUGACCAAGGCCCAGGACAAGGUCGAGGCAAAAGAAAUGGCCAUGGACGACGACGAUGACGAAGAGCUCAGCGACCCGGAUUCCGACCUGGACGACGAAGACGCCGAGGGCGAGGACGAGGAUGCCGAGGGCGAGGACGACGACGACAUAGGCGUGACGCCCGCAGAGAUGGACGAGGACAUGGACAGCGACGAGGACCUCAGCCGCGACCAGACGCCCGACGUGACCAAGAUGACCAAACGACAACGCGCCCUCGUCACCGAUGACGCCGACGGAGGCCUCCUGGCACUCUCCAACGAGGCACAGAAGAAGAAGCACCUCACAGCCGAGGAACACGCUAUGCGCAGGGCCGAGAUGGCGAGACGAAGAAAGAACCUGAGCGAGAAGAGGAACGAAGAGGAAAAGCUCGACACCAUCAACCGCCUCCUCAAGAAACAGCCCCCAAAGCGCGGUCGCAAGGCCCAGCAAGAUGCCUCAGAAGAGGGACUAGAAGAACCAGAGCCCGAGCGAGCAAACCCGCUUUUCGUGCGCUACAUCCAGAACGCAAAGGGCACCCAAUUGGCCGUUCCAGAAGAAUGGCUACAAGCCCCCGUUGGCAGCCUCUUUGCAGGCGACACGCAAAAGGAAGCACAGAAGCCUUUUAGUGGCAAGAUGGUCGAGGAAGUUGCUUAA